AUUUGCCUCGGGAGUUGCCGAGAUCCAUCCGUGGUAGUUGCACGAUCGCUUAGAGUCCUAUCAAGGGAGAUUUUAUUAUUUUAUUCGACUACUGAAGAUCAGGAAUGACACAAGAAACUGUCGAGAACGAGACAGACGAAUUCUGUGGAGAAAAUAUGGGGGAUAUGGUUCAUAGACUGAAAAUACGUUGGGCCCUCCAAGAAGUUUUAAAUCAAGCACAAAUCAAUGGCCAUUUGGUGUGCGGAGUGCAUGAUGCUGCGAAUGAGCUCGCCGUUGACCUGGAUACAAUAGGAUUAUGUGUGUUGGUAGAAAACCCAAGGGCAGAUCCUGGGAUCCAGGUUCAUUGCCGACUAAUUGAGGCAUAUUGCUGGGAAUGUGCCAUCCCUGUUAUAAAGGUAAACAACAGCUGCAAGCUGUCUGAAAUGACAAAACAUCACAUGGUUUUGAGAGAGCCACUACACUGUGUUCUUGUUAAGAACCUUUCAAGUGAUGUGGAAUCAGUUUCCAUUCUGCUGCAGUUUGCACGUCAUUCACCAGCCCCUUUACUUAAGAUUACAUAAAAUGUCAUAGGAGAAAGAGGAGUGGUGAGAUACUUAAACUGUCAAACAUAGUUGACAUGAAGGCAUCAGCUGCACAUUGAGCCAGCAGUACGAGUGGUGAAACAUUCAAGAUAGGUACACCCCAUUGCAGAGGAAAAGUUACAUAGAAGAAGAAAAAAACUACAAUAAAAAAUUGUAUUAGCCUAUGUAAUGUUAAGAACAUAAAGCAAAAAAAAAAACAGAAGGGCACAAGUAUAGCCCUGGUUUACAAAUAAACAUAGCAGUAUGUUGAAUUAAAUUUUCAAAUUCUUUUAAAUCAUUUAAAAACAUAAACAACAAAAUGCAUUCUGGACCUAUUUAUUGUUAAGGAAAAAUAAAAAAGUUGUUAAUGACAACCUUGAGAAGAAAAACUGUAUCAAGAAAAAAAAAGAAAGGUCUUAGACACUGCUCAGAUUCAAGUGACAUAAUGUUUUGUUAGUAUUGACUUGAUAUACAUUAGUUUUUGUAGAGAAGAGGACGUUAGGUUCAUUUUCCCUCUAAUGGUUCUUAGUAGCUUUGUUAUUAAAGCAUCUGUAAUUGUAUCCUCUUCAGAGGAACUCGUAUUAUUGUUAAACAUUAUUAGUGUUGCUUGUAGAUAAGCAAUGGUCUUAAUAAUGUCUUGAAGAAAAAAUGACAUAUAUUAGCAUUUUGUGUUUCAUUUUCAAUAUCACAGUUUUUAUUUAUUUACCAUUCAAAUAUUAUGGAACACUUAGGAAAGACUUUUUGGAAAACAACUGUUAAAAACACUGUAUCUAAAUGGCAAAAGUUAUAUCUUUAUUAAUUAAAUUCAGGCUAAUCUUAGAAUCUGAUUGGAAUUAUUUCAGCAUGCCAGGGUAGCAUGUGUAUUGAAACUGCAGGGCAGUAAUUAAUCCAGCCUUUCAUGACUAUGGACAUCAUAUUAUUUGGAACAAUGAACUUAGAUCAAAAUUUUACCCAGCGCUCUCAGCUCAAAUGUCAGCUUUUAUAGCCAUUAUUACACAUUUUUGUGAAAUAUUUUCAUCACAUUAUUAGCAACCAAUUUAUGAUUUAGGAAUCAGUUGCUGUUAUUUUAGGCUAACUUGUGAGACUGAAAAAAGUUUAUUUAAAAAAAUGUACUGUUAUUGUACAAAUAUACUGUUAUCCCAUGAUCAGUUUUAGAGAAAUUUGUAACAAAUAAAAAUGACACAAUUUUUAAA